UGUACCACCAUUGAUGUCGACACUAGUGAAGCUAGCUUACUUCAAAUUCAACCCCUCUCCAAUUUCUCCAAAUCCAAACAAAACAAAAAACCUCCACCAAAAAUCAUGGAGGAUCCGGCCCGCGCCACCGGCGGCUCCCGGCAGCAGCACCACGGCGGCGGAGGCGGCGACGCCUCGGAGCAGCCGGUGCGGUCGCGGUGGACGCCGAAGCCGGAGCAAAUCCUGAUCCUCGAGACCAUCUUCAACAGCGGCAUGGUCAACCCCCCCAAAGACGAGACCGUCCGAAUCCGGAAGCUUCUAGAGAAGUUCGGCUCCGUCGCCGACGCCAACGUCUUCUACUGGUUCCAGAACCGCCGCUCCCGCUCCCGCCGCCGCCAGCGCCAGGUCCAGGCCACCCUCGCCGCCGACCAGCCGCCGCCCAGCCGCCGCCUCCCCGCCCACCACUACGAUCAACACGGCUUCGCGCCACCCGCCGCUGCUAAUUUCCCGCCUAAUUCCUUCUCCUACGCUAUGAUCAAUUCCGCUUCUUCUUCUUCUUCAUCUUCCUCAUCCUUCGGGCUCGAGGCAGACGACGGCGGCGCCGAUAACUCCGGCUGCGGCGGCUUCGGAUUCUCGCCCUAUCCGGGCCUUAUGCAUGAGCUCGAGCAAAACCCCAUUUUCGGCGCAGCCGAAGCUCCCACCUCCCAAAUUCAACCCCCUGAAAAAUAUGCAGAGAUGAUGACGGUGUUCUUCAACGGAGUGGCGACGGAGGUCGGGAGAGGGCCGGUGGACAUAAAGUCGAUGUUCGGCGGCGACUUCGCCGUGUUUCACUCGUCGGGGAUGGCGAUGGAGGCGAACGAAUACGGAUUUCUCGUGCAUGGAUUGCAGCACGGCGAGAGCUACUUUCUGGUUCCAAAGCUUCCUUGAAUUUGAAUGUGGAAGAUUCCAUCCUAUAUAUGAAGCAAAACUGCUAUGGCCUUAGAAUUAUAUAUACCUUGAUAUUGUACUUUCCUUUUCCCUUUUCAUUACUAUAUUUCUCAUCUUCCUUUAUGAAGAUAAAUAUUUCUUAAGCA